AUGGUGUUAGAUGCAAAUACCCUACAAGAAAAAUUAAUUGAAGCAUGGAAACUUCGUUCAGAUGAAACAAGUUUUUCAGCAUCACUUUCACCAUUAAUUGCUCAAUGUCGAUCAGAAGAAGAAUUUCGAAUAUUAUUUACAAAACAAAUUCUUGCACAUAUUGAUUCAGUAACUUCAUCAAAUCUUCUUCAAUCCUAUUUUAAAUUUCAUACAAGAUCUGGUUAUGUUAAAGAAUCAUUAAUUAUUGAACAUCUACUUUCUUUAACACCAUCAUCAUCAACAAUCGUCGAAGAUAUACAAAUUAAAUUUCUACUUGAAUUAUUAUCUGAUACAUUGAAAACAAUGCAUGUUACUGCAGAACAAGCAUCACGUCUUGGUAAACAAAUAAAUUUACUUGCCAAAUGGCUUUGUUCAGCAUUAUGUAUUUAUUCAAAUGAAGAACCAAUAACAUCAACAGGAAAAGAAAUGCUUAUAACUGUUUCAAAUUUAUUUCUUGUAUUAUUUACAAAUACAACAUAUUAUUGUCUUUGGUUAAUGACAAUAAAAGCACAAAAAGAUCAACCUGAAUGGAGACAAUUACAAGAACGAUUAAAUCAAAUUACAAUUAAAAUGACAAUAGGAAAUGAAACAAGACUAGAUGUUUAUGAACAAGUUCUUUCUAAAAUAACUCGUCUUCAUUUAUCUGAAGAUUUUCAUCAAGAAGAUAUUGAAAUGAAUUCAUGUAUAUUUAAUCCAAUUGUUUCUAUACUUGUAAUAAAUCAACUACAUAAAUCAUCUUCUAUUCUAUUAAUUAUUCUUCGAUUUUAUGAAAAUGUUUCAGCAAUGACAAAUCCAUCAAUACUUUAUCUUCGUCUUUUACAAGCAUCAUUUGGUGGUUAUGUUGCAGCAAUAUCAACAAAUAAUAGUGAAUAUCAACAACGUUGGUCAGCUUAUAUAUUUUUUCAAUUACCACGUUUAUUAGCAUCAUGUAUUGAAUCACAAUUUGAAAGUGUUAAACAAGCAACAGAAAAUUUUCUUUUACAUAAUGAAUAUUUAUUAAAUCGAAUGGAUGAAUUAUGUGUAGAAAAUGUUUUAGAACAAAUCUUACAAAAAACAUUAAAUUAUACAAAAAAUGAAAUACGAGAUAAACAUCAAACACAAAUAAAUCAAUUGAUUUUUUAUACACAAAAAGUUCGUGGAGCAUAUGUUGAUCAAAUUAAACAAUAUUAUUCAAAUCCGCAACAUACACAUUCGUAUUCGUAUCAAAUUCUUCAAUUACAACGUUCACUUGAACAAUCAUUAAAUAAAAUAUUUUCAGUAAAUAGCGACGAAAAUUUACAAUUAUUAAUUAAUAAUCUAACUGAUAUUAUUCCAUUAAUAUGUGCUAUUGAUCAAUAUUAUCCAUUUAUUCGUUUACUUUUAACAUAUACAGAAACAAAUUUUGAUCUUGCUUUAUUAAUACUUUGUUAUAUAACAUCAAUAACAGGUGAUAUAUCAGAAGAUUUUGGACAAUUAGAUGUUAAUUAUGAUAAAACAUCAACAUCAUUUUGUAUUUAUAUAUGGUUAAAAAAAUAUUGGUUAUCACGUGAUUUAGGUCAUGCAUUAUUUUCAUCAUCACUUGAUUCAAUUGAUUUAUUAUCAACAAUAAAUAAUUCAUUUGGUGAAACAUCAUCAACAGAAAAAGAGGAAUUUUUAAAUGAAAUAAAAACAUCAACGAAUGAAAAUAUUCAAAUAAAAUAUUCUAACAUUGAUUAUUUAACAAAAACAAUUAAUUUACUUGGUGAACUGCCAUCAUUAUCGUUAGAUGAAACAAAACAAACUGUAUCAUCAUUAAUUACAUAUUUAACGCAAGUUUCAUAUGGUUCAUUAGUACAUGUAUUACUUUGGCUUAUUGCGAAUUAUCAAAUAGCUAAUGAUGAAGAAAGAUCAUGGAUUCAAACUGUCAUUAGUUCAAUGGGUACAUCUGUUGAUCCAUCAUCAACAACUGCUACAUUACUUGAUGCUAUAAAACGUCAAUUAUGGUCAGAUUUUAUUGAUAAUCCUUUACUACCAUAUUAUAGUCUUCUACCAUUAUCAUCAUCAUCAUCUUUAGCUAAUAAUUAUACAUCUUCAUCACCUCAAACAGCUACAACAUUAAUUCUAACAUUAUUUGAUAUCUAUGUAACAACAGAAUUUUUUAAUUGUGAACAAUCACGUUGUUUAUAUACUUGUUUAAAAUAUGUUCCAUCUGAUUUAAUAAUGACACGUUUAUUAACAAAUUUAAAUACAUCAAAUGGUAUCUAUGAAACACGUCGUGGACUUUAUUUUUUAUUUGGCUUAAUAUUAUUUCGACGACGAUCAUCCACACGUUGUCUUUUACAACAAGUUAUACCUUAUUUAAUAAAUAUAAAAUCCAAUGAAUUUAUGCUUGAACCAAAUGUUUAUAAUAUGUGUUUAGUAUUGAAUAUAUUAUUAGUAUUAGAAUUAAAUACCAAUGAUAAUCAAUUAGAAGAUUUAUUUCAUAUCAAACCAUGGAAAAAAUUUUAUCAAUCAAAUGAUUCAAUGUUAUUUGAUACAAUCGAUGAUCGUGUUGAUGAUAUUCUACCAAAAUAUGAAGAUAAAAGUGUAACGAAUGCUUAUCAUGAAUUUUUAGAUUGGUCAUCAAAAGAACUUUUUCUAAGUGAUAAUUCUCGGCCAGUUAAUUAUUUUCUUGGUUGGUUACAAACUAUUCUUUGGAUGUUUAGUCGAACUGUAAAAUCACUUAAACCAUUUAUUAAACCAAAACUAGUUGCACAAUUAUCGGAAUAUUUACCAUUACAAUUUUCAAUUGAAAAAGUUUUAAGUAUCUUAGAUUUAUCAAGUGAAAUGGAACUUGAAUAUGCUUCAAUGGUUAUUACACGUGAUUAUACAUCUUUAGAAACAAUUAAUAUACAAAAAAUAUCUAAUCUUAUACCAAAUCAACAAAUAAUAGAUAAUGAAUAUAAUUCAACAACAACACCGGUGAAUAUAACAAAAAAUAUUUAUACAAUACCAACAAAUCUUUAA